GAAUAUAAACAUGUUUGUAUGACAGAUCCCCUAUAAGGAAGUUGAAAAGAUUGCAUGAAUGAAAUAAAAAAUUGACAGAAAAAGUAAAUUCUCUUUCCCAUAGAGAUGGAGAUUAACGUGGGCGAUGUAGUGAUGCCGGGUGACAAUCUAAGGAACGUACCGAUCAAGAGGGAAGGAAGGAACGAGAAGGAGAUCGUGAUCCUGGGACCCGGAUUGCGCCGCGAAGGCGACGCCGUACUCGUCUGCAAAGCGGGCGUUCUGAGGAAACGCGAGCCGGCCGUCUAUUACGUGGACACCUAUCAGAAACGAUAUAUUCCAAACCGAGGCGAGAAUGUGGUUGGCAUAAUAACGCAGAAAAGUGGUGACAUUUAUAAGGUAGAUAUCGGCGCCAGUGAACAAGCGACGUUAUCCUAUCUGGCCUUCGAGGGCGCCACAAAGAAGAAUCGACCUGACAUACAGAUCGGUGACGUGGUUUAUGCUAAACUGCUGAUAGCCAGCAAGGAUAUGGAACCGGAAUUGGUAUGCGUAGAUUCCCAGGGCAAGGAGAAUGAUCUCGGUGUCUUGAGUUCCGAUGGCAUGGUGUUUACCUGCUCAUUAAGUCUCGUGAGAAAGCUGCUCAAUCCGGAGUGUCCAUUGUUCAAGCUGCUCGGCCAAAAUCAGGCGUAUGAACUCGCCGCUGGAUUAAACGGCAGGAUAUGGAUUAAGGCGCGAUCGGUUCACGAAACGAUAGCCGUAGCAAACGCUAUUCUGGCGGCGGAAUACACCGUACCCAGUGAAAUGCAAAAACUUUGCACUAAAAUCGAGAAAAUCUUACUUCUCACGAUAUAAAUUAGUGAAUAUUGCGGUGAACCGACUGGAUUGUUGGUGCAAAAGAGUUAAUACUGAAGACAUUUUGAAUCUCUUUCAACAAACAAGAAAAGAGAAGAAAUUCAACUUGCCUCGAAAUAACUUAGAUGCGAAAGCGAUCCUACGUUAACAUAUAAAAUAACGACUACUCGUUAUUAUUAAUGACAAUUACAUUUAUUGUAUCAAUAUUUUAUGUAAUAAAUCCUGUAAAUAAAUCUGGAAGUUUCUUAUGCGA